AUGGCUUAUAUUUCCAAGAAGUUAGCCAGACUCUAUAUCUGUGAUAUUGUUAGAUUGCAUGGAGUUCCUAUUUCUAUCAUAUUAGAUAGAGUUAGAGCAAACAAUUCUAGUGCUAGAAGAUAUGUUUCGUGCGUGAUAGAUUUUGGUGGUCAUUGGGAUCAGUUCUUACCCUUGGUAGAGUUCUCGUACAAUAAUAAUUAUCACUCGGGUAUUCAUAUGGCUUCUUUUGAGGCAUUAUAUAGAAGAAGAUGUAGGUCUCCCAUUCGUUGGUUUGAUGCAUUUAAGGUGAGACCUUGGAGUACUGAUCUUUUUAAGGAAUCAUUAGAGAAUGUGAAAUCUAUAUGGGAGAAACUUCUAGCAGCUCAGAGCAGGAAGAAGGAGUAUGUUGAGCGGAAGAUCAGAAACUUGGAAAUUAUGGAGGGAGAUCAAGUAUUGUUGAAGGUUUCACCCAUGAAGAGUGUGAUGAGGUUUGGUACGAGAGGUAAGCAUAUUCUGAGGUAUAUUGGGACCUUUGAAGUUCGUAAGCGUGUGGGAGAGGUGGCCUAUGAAUUGACUUUGCCUCCAGUCUUGUCAAGACUGCACCCAAUGUUUCAUAUGUCUAUGCUGAAGAAAUAUCAUGGUGAUGGGAACUACAUUAUACGCUGGGAUACGGUCCUGCUUGAUGAGAAUUUGUCUUAUAAAGAGGAGCAUGUAGCUAUUCUAGAUAGUGAGGUCCACAAGUUGAGGUCAAAGGAGAUUGCUUAUGGGAAGGUUCAGUAG